GGCUGCAGCGCCGCGGCAAGGGCCAGGGGCACGCAAUCACCCAACACGGGUGACUUAAUCGGCUACUAGCUGCCACUGGUGGCGUUGUUGACAUGGAUUCUGUAAACCACCAACCUUCUGCUAAUGCAACCUCUGUUAGUAUGAUACCCCUGGAUUUUCCUAGCCAGGCACUCGAGAAGAUUAAUUCUGUGAAUAAAGUGAUUCCAUCAGAUGUUCCAUCCGAGGCUCCUGUAGAUAUUGAUAUGAGGGAAAUUUACUUUCUCAUUAUGCAUUUUCUAUCACAUGGUCCGUUUAAGCGGACUGUUGGAGAACUGUGCAAUGAACUUCUGGAGCAUCAGCUGCUACCUAGAAGAUACCAUGCUUGGUAUUCACGUGGUGGUAUUCAUAGUGGCGAAGAAAAUGAUGAUGGUGUGUCACUCCCUGUGGGUUACCGAAAGUUACUUGAGAGAUACCCUCACAUUGGUAAAGACCACUUGGUGAAGCUUUUAAAACAACUGAUGGUUAGUUCCUGCCGCCCAGACAACCUGAUUGGAGGCAGGUCUCCAAAUGCUGCUGAUGUUCCAACGCUUCUAGGCUCAAACUCCUUUUCCCUUCUUGCACCUGAUAGAGGUGGUCAAGAUAAGGAAACUCCCAGGCUGCCGAGGUAUCUCCGUUGGCCGCACAUACAGGCUGAUCAAGUUCAUGGUUUAGGUUUGAGAGAGAUUGGUGGUUUCACUAAGAAUCAUCGAGCUCCGUCUGUACGUGCAUCAUGCUAUGCCAUUGCGAAGCCAUCUACCCUUGUUGAAAAGAUGCAGAUUAUAAAGAAAUUGAGGGGUCAUCAAAAUGCCGCAUAUUGUGCUACUUUUGAUCGCACCGGGCAUUAUGUUAUAACUGGUUCUGAUGAUCGCCUUGUCAAAAUAUGGGCGAUGGAAACAGCAUUUUGUCUGGCUAGUUGCCGAGGCCAUGAAGGUGAUAUUACUGACCUCGCGGUGAGUUCCAAUAAUGCUGUAGUGGCAUCGGCAUCCAAUGAUUUCAUCAUUAGAGUGUGGCGUAUACCUGACGGCAUGCCAAUGUCAGUGUUAAAGGGUCACACAGGGGUUGUUACAACUAUCGCCUUUAGUCCAAGGGCAGGUGCUGCUUUCCAGCUAUUGUCGUCAUCCGAUGAUGGGACAUGCAGGAUGUGGGAUGCCAGAUACUCCCAGCAACCUCCACGGAUAUAUAUACCAAAGCCUCCAGAUGUUGCCCCUGGCAAGAGUAUUGAUGCAUCUUCUAGCGCUGUUCAAGUUCAACCGACAAAUCACCAAAUCUUAUGUUGUGCAUUCAAUGCUAAUGGAACUGUAUUCGUUACUGGCAGCUCAGACACUUUUGCAAGAGUUUGGAGUGCUUGCAAGAGUGGUUCUGAGGAACAUGACCAACCGAAUCAUGAGAUGGAUGUAUUAUCAGGCCAUGAAAAUGAUGUAAACUAUGUGCAGUUUAGUGGAUGUGUGGUAUCUAGAUCCUUUUCAAUUGACAGCAGCCACACCACUAAGGAAGAAAAUAACCUUAAGCUAAGAUAUUCAGGGUUCAGACAUAGUAUUGUUACCUGCUCCCGUGAUGGCAGCGCAAUUAUAUGGGCGCCACGAUCUCGAAGAUCACAUGGAAAAACUGGACGCUGGACUCGCGCUUACCAUCUUAAGGUACCACCACCUCCAAUGGCUCCCCAAACAAUUCGCGGUGGUCCACGCCAAAGACAACAGCCAACCCCUCGUGGUGUCAAUAUGAUUGUUUGGAGUUUGGACAACCGCUUUGUGCUUGCUGCUAUCAUGGAUUGCAGAAUUUGCGUUUGGAAUGCUUCUGAUGGGAGCUUGGUGCAUUCACUGAUUGGCCAUAAGGAAUCAACAUUUGUUCUUGAUGUGCAUCCAUUCAACCCGCGUAUAGCUAUGAGUGCUGGGUAUGAUGGAAAGACGAUCAUCUGGGAUAUAUGGGAAGGAAAACCUGUACAGAUCUACGAAACUGGUCAUUUUAAGCUUGUUGAUGGCAAGUUCUCUCCGGACGGGACAUCACUUGUCCUCACUGAUGAAAUUGGGCAAAUAUUCAUCAUUGGUACAGGGCAGGGUGAGUCACAGAAGGAUGCAAAAGAUGAGCAGUUCUUUCUUGGAGACUAUCGGCCCCUUAUUCAAGAUACAAAUGGGAAUGCUAUUGAUCAGGAAACACAGCUUCCACCUUAUAAGAGAAAUAUUCAAGACCUUCUGUGCGACUCGGGUAUGAUACCAUACCCAGAGCCUUUUCAGAGCAUGUACCAGAAACGCAGGCUAGGUACCCUGGGUAUUGAGUGGCGACCUCCCUCUGUAAAUUUUGCUGUUGGCCCCACAUACAAUGCAACCACUGGCGAAUACCAAAUCAUCCCAAUUAUUGAUCCAGAUAGGUGGGAACCACUUCCAGAGAUACCGGACUUCUUUGAGUUUGAGCCAGAAAACGAAGUUAUCUCUGAUGAUACUGAUUCUGAGUACGAUGGCUUGGAUGACAAUUCGAGUGAAGGAGAACCGGGGGUAUUGAGUGGUGAUUCCUCUGGUGCUUCAUACUCAAGUGCAGAGAUUGAUGCAGAUAACCUUAAUGGUACCGCUAAUCGCCGCAGAUCUAGAAGAAAGAAGAAAAAAUCUGAUGCUGAUCUUGUUACUUCAUCUGGUCGGCGAGUUAAGAAAAUAAAUUUGGAUGGGCAUGAUGUGGCUACGACAUCACGGCCACAUAGAGGUAGGAAGUCUAAGAUUGGUCGUUCUAGCAAAAGGAAAAGAUCCUCCAAAUCUAGGGGACCGAGACCUCAAAGACGUGCUGCCCGCAACGCACUCAGUUUCCUCACAAAGAUAGGAGCUUCAUCGGAAGAGGAUGAAGAUGACUCAGGUAGUCUUUCAGACAGUGAAUUCAACACAGAGAGCACUGAAGCUGAGCAGUCAGCGCGGUAUGGUCAGCCAAGAUAUGGUAGAGAGAGUAACCAUUAUGAUUCAGAAGAUGUUACACAACCUUCUCAUUUCACUGAAACUCAGGGAAAUUCUGGAAAUAAUAGAAAACUGAUCCUGAGGAUACCACGGCGCGAUUUAAAAACCCAGUUUCCUUCAAAAAACGGAAACACCGAAUCAUCCACUGAGGACAAAGCGGUGGUGUCACUUGCAGCGGCCAAACGCGAAGCCAUUGAGCCAGAACUAGCUUUUGAGCUUGGAAGUUCCUCUGCUUGCAAGGCUGAACUAUCAACAGAUGGAUAUCAAACCACGAUCUCUGGUCUGCACAAUGGUUCUGCUGUUCACAGUAAUGACAAAAUCAAAUGGGGUGAAGUUAAGCGACGAUCUUCAAAGCGUUCCAAACUUGUUGACUCUUCUGGAAACAUGAGGCCCUCUUUAGAUAAUGCACUUUCACAGGGUCUUGAUGAGUCUGGUAGUGAGAAGACACCUCAUGAAUAUGGUAAUGGCAUCCAACAAAUGGUUGAGCAGAAUGUACAAAUAAGUCAGCAUGCACAUUUGGAUAGCAUCCAUGAAAACCAUAAUACUGAUGAUAAUAGUGAAGUUAAUUUGCCUGGUGAAGAAAGGUUAACCAACAACAAUAGUACUCACGUGGUGGAAGAAAAUAACAAGGGAUGCAGCGAACAGUUCUACGGUACUGAGCCUAUAUCCUUUAAACUGAAGUUGUCGAGGUCAAGGGGCUUUGUAGAUGGAGCAAGUUCAUCAGAUAAAUCAAAGACUACUGCAGUAGGGAGUGACGUGAACUCUGAGCAUGAUGAAGUUUCCAUGCAGCAUGACGAGGUUUCUGCCACCAAUCAACAUAGAAGCAGUGACUUCACUAGUGUAUCCAGAAGUUUUCAAGAACGAACAGAUAACGGUACUUGUUUGCAUGACUCAAAAAAGUUACACUUCGAAUCUGCCAAGACGUGCACUGCAGUGUACACAAGGUCGAAGUCAAGUAAGUACAAAAAAAACCCGGAUCCAGAUGCUUAUGGAAAUGGAGGUAGCACUUCUAUCUCCAAUGAUGGUGGAUAUCAGCCUCCUCCAGACUACAGUCCAGCUACACCUACUGGUAGUUUGCGAAGAAGUGCAAGGAGGUCAUGUGCAUACACUGAUGAUGCUAGAGGAAAGGAUGCUAUCUCUCAUGAGAAAAAAUCUUCCCAUGAAGCAUCAACAAGUGGUAGACAAACUGCUCCAAAUGCGCGUGAAACGUGGGGAUCAACAUCAAGGUCUGAGAGGUACAAAAAAGAGAGUGGCAACUUUCCUGAUACACAUCUAUUUGAGAAAAAACAGCAAGUGUCCAAGUAUCCAUGGCUAAUGUUGCUAGAGCAUGAGGAUAUUUACCGCUAUAUUCCCCAACUUGAUGAUGAGGUUAUGUACUUGCGCCAGGGUCAUGAAGAAUAUCUUAAUGAAACAUUAUCGUCAUUGCGUAAAUGCCCAUGGAAUUGGAUCGAAGGCCUUAAAGCUGUAGAGCUUUGCAAAAUUAAGGUUCUUGAUUACAAAUCUCAUAUUGGGUCCGGUGAUAGCUGCUGUAAAUUAACAGUGGAGUUCAUUGAUCACGCUUCAAGCGGAUUUGGCGAAGACUUCGAAAUCACAUUGCCUGAACUAGUUAACUUCCCCGAUUUUCUUGUGGAAAGAACACGGUUUGAAGCUGCUAUUACGCAGAACUGGGUUGUCAGAGAUAAGUGCAAAGUUUGGUGGACCAAUGGCUCUGAGGAAGGAGGAGGAAGUUGGUGGGAGGGACGGGUAAUGGCAAUAACGCCUAAGUCACCUGAUUUUCCUGACAGUCCAUGGGAGAGAUAUGUCAUAAAGUACAAAAAUGAUGGUUCUCAUCAUCCUCAUAGCCCCUGGGAGCUCCAUCCUGCUACUAGCUCAUUGGCUCCAUGGAAACAUCCACAUAUUGAUCCCAUUGUCAGGAACAAAUUGUUAUCAGCAGUGACCAAUUUACAGAAAAUGUCUCGCACAAAUCAGGAUCGCUAUGGUGUCCUGAGGUUAGACACUGUUGCAGGAAAACCGGAUUUCAUAAACAGGUUUCCUGUCCAGUUCUCCAUUGAGCUGAUCAGGGCAAGGCUACAUAACAAUUACUAUAGAACUUUGGAGGCUGUCAAGCAUGAUGCCAGGGUGAUGCUUGCCAAUGCUGAUUCUUAUUUUUCAAAGAGCACUGAGAUUCGCAGGCUAUCUGAUUGGAUCCAAGAUAACCUGUUAUCACUCUAGGUGGAGGAGCUCUGUGCUCAGUUGUCAUGCUUCCUUUUUAGCAGAAUUUGCCUCUCAGCCUGUGAGAUGAUUCUCCAUUUGUUUUACUAAGGCAUAGUUCUGUUAGAGGAAAGCCAUAGUAGUUCGUAGGUCUGAGGAAUUCAGCUUAACAUUUUGGAAUUCUUUAAUCCCUCGUUUGCUGAUACAAAUUGAUCUUAAAACAGCACUCUGACCAUUUGACCCCUUGUAGCCGUCAAGAAAGGUCGAUAGUCCUAUUGGUAAAGAAAAGAAGAACUUGAGAGCUUUGCUAGAAAA